AUGACGCCUGAGCAAACCAAGUCGUGUGUAGCUUGUAAUCGGCCUGAUAUGGCUGACAACAUGGUAUGCUGCGAUAAAUGUGAUGACUGGUGGCAUUUCUCUUGUGCCGGGGUAACAGCAUCAGUGGAAUGCCGUGAUUGGAUCUGUUCACGAUGCCUUUCAAUCACAAACCAAUCAACUACCGUCGUAGCGUCCUCAACGAGAUCAACGUCCUCUGGUCAGAGAUUACGCGAGCAACGUUUGGCUGAGCAGCAUGAGCUAGAGAGGCAGCAAAUGCAACGGGAACACGAACUACAAAAAAAGCACCUGGAACAAAAGCAACAGGUGCAGGCAGGACGAGACGACGAAAACAAGAGUGUUCGUAGUAAGCGUAGUAUCGUCAGUUCAACGAGACGCACUAAUCGGUGGGUGGAGCAGCAUGCAGAGGCUUCCAUGGCUGUAAACGAAAAUGAAGGUGCAGUGGGUGGUAUUGCCAUCGAAGCAGUAACCCAGCAGGACGCCCAAUCGUCACAGCAACAAGGCAAACUUGUGAUGGAACUCCAGGGAAAAAUGAAUAGGCGCGAGGAGGAAUCCCAGAAGCUGAUCCAGGAUUUACAGGAGCAACUGAAAAAACUCCAGCUUGAAUUACAGAAAACACGUAAUGAAUCAAUAUCGACGAUAGCGAAGGGGGCGAUUCCUAAAACUCUUCCGAAUACAACAAAUGUUUCAAGAGGAUGUUCGUUUCAACUGAAUGGGGUAAAUUGUGAAAUAUCUCCGGUAGAAACCAUAGCACCAGUAUCGAUGGCACCAUCAAUCCCUAUGGGAUCAAGGAAUAGCACUCGCUUCAUAGAACACGUCGAUGGUUCUUUACCUCUUGCACGCGAUGAUUUGCAAAAUGAUCGUGAACAGCAGCGUGAACUCGUUUCAUUAAAAAAAAGUGGUCAAAAUGUCCCCCCUGUCGCAACCGUAAAGCAACCUAUUCAACGUGAAUCCACCACUUUUGAUCAACCGCGAAAUAACGUAUCUUUAGGACAACGAAACAGUGUUUUUUCUCAAGUAUCUACUGGGAACCGAAACCCAUUGUUCGAAUUUCCCUUACCACAGCAGCAGCAGCAGCGAAGCGUCGCGCACUCAGGGCAGAAUUAUGUCACUAAUGAACCAGUUGCAGAAGAGGUUCCCGUUAGAGUUGGACCAACACAAAAUCAACUCGCUGCUAGACAAAUUCUUCCACGAGAUUUACCAGUUUUCACAGGUGUUCCUGCGGACUGGCCUGUUUUUAUUAGCAACUUUAAUUACACUACGGAGGCGUGUGGGUAUGGUGACGGCGAAAACAUGAUUCGUCUUCAACGCUGCCUAAAGGGCAUUGCUUGGGAGGCCGUACGGAGUCGCUUAAUUCUACCCACCUCCGUACCCCAAGUGAUUGAGUCACUGCGGAUGCGUUUUGGUCGCCCCGAAAUUUUGAUAGAAUCCUUUAUCGAGAAAGUGAGAACAUCUUCGUCACCGAGAGCCGAUAAGCUUGAUUCGCUGAUUGAGUUUGGAACGAUGGUACAGGGGCUCUGUGACCAUAUAAUUGCAGCGAACCUCCCGGAACAUUUGGGCAACCCUACGUUACUAAAAGAUUUGGUAAGCAAGUUACCUGCUGACUAUAAAAUGCGGUGGGCCAGUCACCGAAAACAAGUAACUGUCGUCAAUUUAGAAACGUUCAGUAAAUUCAUGGAGGAAAUAGUAGAGGAUGCAUACAGUGUAACAUCUUUCCCAACCAGUGAUCAACUACACAAAAUUGUGAGACAGAAGCAAAUUGACCGUAGCUUUGUUCACGCAGAUGCCGAAGAAAACUUCCAAGAAUGCGACACGAGAAAUCGUCCCGUAGAAACGACAGGAAUAGAAUGUUCAAUCUGUCAGAGAUAUGGACAUCGCGCUAGAGAAUGCAGAACUUUUCUAGCAAUGUCAAUUGAUGAUCGCUGGAAGAAAAUACAAAGCCAAGCACUCUGUCGUACCUGUCUUUUUGGGCAUGGGCGCAGGGCAUGCCGCAGUAAAACACGCUGCGGAGUAGAUGGUUGCCAAUACCGUCAUCAUCCGCUAUUGCAUUCGUCCCCCUCGGUACAGUCAUCUCCGAAGCGAGACCAGACAGAAGCCAACCACGUGCAUCAGGACAAUUUGUCUGAACUUCUCUUUCGGAUCGUUCCGGUCACGCUAUAUGGACGUGCAGGUAGCCUGAAUACAUUCGCCUUUUUGGAUGAAGGCUCAUCCCUUACGAUGAUAGAAAGGAGUUUAGCAGAAGAACUAGGAGUAGAAGGAUAUAUCAAACCACUCUGCUUAAAGUGGACUGGCAAUGUAACGAGACAAGAACAUAAUUCAAAACGUGUUGCUUUCGACAUUUCUGGGUUGAGAAAAAAUAAGCGGUAUCGCAUGGUAGAUGUUGGCACAAUUGAAUCUCUAGAUUUACCAACGCAGAGUUUUCCCGUGGACACAAUGAAGCAACGCUUCCCCCACCUUCAAGGGCUUCCCUUAGUAGGUUAUAAUAACGCUAAACCGCAGAUGUUAAUCGGCAUCGAUAAUUUGAAGCUAGCAGUUCCAUUGAAAACGCGUGAAGGUGAAAAUGGUGGUCCGACAGCCGUGAAAACCCGACUAGGCUGGAACGUAUACGGCUGCCGAAAAGAGAAAGAUAUUCAAGCAUACAGCUAUCAUAUUUGUGAAUGCGGGGGUGAUAAAGCUUUGAACGAUAACGUGAAAGCAUAUUUUGCACUGGAUGACGUCGAAAGUAAACAAGCUGUAGACAUAUCAGAAGAAGAUAAGCGGGCUAGGCGUAUCAUGCAAGAGACCACUCGACGGAUUGGAGAUCGAUAUGAGACGGGUUUGUUGUGGAAACAUGAAAAUGUCGAGUUCCCGGACAGCUACAGUAUGGCUUUGAAAAGGUUAGAAUGCUUAGAAAAAAGAAUGGAGAAAGAUCAUAUCCUACGAGAAAACAUUUUACGUCAAAUUCGAGAGUAUCAGGUGAAGGGUUACGCGCACCGAGCUUCACCUGAGGAGAUGACUAACUUUGAUCCCCGUAGAAUCUGGUUCUUGCCGCUAGGAGCUGUAGUAAACCCGAAGAAGCCCGGGAAGGUCCGAUUGAUAUGGGAUGCUUCUUCAAAGGUUGAUGGUAUCUCCUUAAACACACUACUCCUCAAAGGUCCCGACGAGCUCACUUCGCUGCUGCACGUGUUGUUCCGUUUCCGACAAUUUCCUGUGGCAGUGACCGCCGACAUCAAGGAAAUGUUCCACCAAUUAAAAAUAAGAGGAAUGGAUAAAUGUGCACAACUUUUUCUAUGGCGGGACGAUCCUGGCAAACAACCAGACGUCUACAUUAUGGACGUAGCAGUAUUUGGAGCGACAUGUUCACCUGCUAUGGCCCAAUACGUUAAAAACGUGAAUGCAAAGAGAUUUUCUCAGGAUUUCCCGAGAGCCGUGGAAGGGAUCAUCCAAUGCCACUAUGUGGACGACUAUCUGGAUAGUUUUCUAACUAUUGAAGAAGCAAAAAAGGUAGCGUCGGAGGUGAAAGCAAUCCACAAAAGUGGCGGAUUUGAGAUUCGAGGAUGGGGAUCAAACUUUGAUGAGAUUCCAUUUUAUCUUGGAGAGCCUAAGGAGACUGUCGUAAAAAACCUUGGGGUAAUGAAUGGGGAAGAAACAGAACGAGUUCUGGGUAUGCAGUGGCUUACGGAGAGAGAUGAACUUAAAUAUUCCACCGAGAUGAGAGCGGAUAUAACGGAUCUGAUCGCUAGUAGCGCGAUACCAACCAAACGGCAGGUACUUAGAUGCCUAAUGACACUAUUUGAUCCGCUUGGUUUGGCGGCACCGUAUGUUGUACACGGGAAAAUCCUGUUGCAGGACAUAUGGCGUGCAGGAUCAGAUUGGGACGAGCCAAUCGCUGAGUCAUCAUUCGAGCGUUGGCAAAUCUGGACCGCAAUGCUCAGGAGUAUUAAUGGAGUGCGUAUCCCUCGUAGCUACUUUAGAAGUAUUUCUGGGGAAUGCAUGCAUGAUAUUCAAAUUCACACAUUCGUCGACGCGAGUCCGGCUGCUUACGCGUGCGUUUCAUAUUUGCGCGUCGUGAAUUCUGAUGGGAAAGCAGAAGUUGCUUUGGUUGCAGCAAAAACGAAAGUUGCGCCUUUAAAACUAAUGACAAUCCCGAGGCUCGAGUUACAAGCCUGUGUGCAGGGGGCCCGCCUUAUGAAGUUCGUCGUAGACGGUCACAACUUUGGGAUAACCAAGAGGUUCCUGUGGACAGAUUCGACAGUGGCGUUGAGCUGGAUCAAUUCGGAUCCGUGUAGAUUUCGACCAUUCGUUGCACAUCGCGUGAGUGAAAUCCAGGAGUAUACGCAACAAAUGGAGUGGCAAUGGGUGCCAUCAGAUAAGAAUCCCGCUGACGAAGCAUCAAAAUGGGGAGUUGGUCCCUACUUCUGUUCGAAUAGUAUCUGGUUUAGCGGACCAGAAUUCCUUUGUAAACCCGAGGAUGAAUGGAUCGACUGGGAGAUACCGCAUCAUCGAGUGCAACAAUGCAAAGACGAACUGCGAUCACUAUACAUACAUCAAGAGUUUUUCAUUCCGGAACCGAUCGUCGAUGUCAGCCGAUUUUCGUCCUGGAAUCGUUUGCAUCGUUCCGUUGCUUAUGUCUACCGAUUUAUCGUCAAUUCGAAACGCAACCGCAAUUAUCAAACUGGUGAUCUAACACAGAACGAGUUACAGGAGGCUGAAAAAAUUUUGAUUCGAUCGGUACAGUGGGAGUGUUUUGCAGAAGAGAUGACAACAUUAUCUAGAAAUCAAAAAGUAGCUGAUACUGAACGUCGUGCUCUGGACAAGACCAGCAAAAUGUAUCAACUUACACCGACUUUGGAUGAAGUAGGCAUCCUACGAAUAGAUGGUAGGAUAGGAGCGGCUUCUUGCGCUUCAAGAGAUCUCAAAUUCCCCAUCAUAUUGCCAAAAUCACAUCACCUAACUAAUCUAAUCAUCGAUCGACAGCACCGUAUUCUGCUACACGCGAACAAUGAGACAGUGGUCAAUGAAGUUCGCCAACGUUUCCACGUUCCGAAUUUACGAGCCCAGGUGAAGAAAGUAGUUGAAAACUGUCAAUACUGUAGGAUAAAAAAAGCAGUCCCACGAGUUCCUCAAAUGGCAGCUUUACCAUUAGCCAGAUUAUCUCCGUAUGUACGCCCUUUCAGUUAUGUAGGGGUUGAUUACUUUGGGCCUUUAUUCGUGAAAGUUGGAAGAAGUAGUGUGAAGCGCUGGGUGGCGCUUUUCACAUGUAUGACAAUUCGUGCUGUCCAUGUGGAGAUGGUCCACAAUUUAACCACUGAGUCCUGUAUCCGAAGCGUGCGCCGUUUCGUCUGUCGUCGUGGAGCUCCCCUAGAAAUACACAGUGACAAUGCUACAAAUUUUCAAGGUGCAGAAAGAGUUUUGAGGGAGCAAAUCAAUGCUGGACUAACUAGAACCUUCACAAGUACAACAACUAAGUGGCGAUUCAUCCCUCCUAGUGCCCCACACAUGGGAGGUGCGUGGGAGCGGAUGGUAAGGUCGAUAAAAACUGCUAUUAUCUCGGCGUAUAACGAUGAACGAAUGAAUGAUGAAUCUCUGCAUACAUUGCUAUUGGAAGCGGAAUCACUAGUGAAUAGUAGGCCCUUGACGUACUUACCUCUGGACUCUGAGGAACAAGAGGCUCUUACUCCUAACCACUUCCUUCUAGGGAGUUCAUCUGGUUCAAAAGAGGAAUGCAGCGUAACCACAAGCGAUAGUGUGAUGCUAAAACAAUCAUGGAAUAAGAUUCAAGGAUGCAUGGAUCGAUUUUGGUCGCGUUGGAUCAGAGAGUACUUGCCAGUACUCACAAAACGUACGAAAUGGUUUGGUGAGACGAGGAAUGCGCAAGUGGAUGACCUUGUACUGGUGUUGGAUGAUACCAGAAAAAACAAUUGGAAUCGAGGUCGAAUAUUGGAGGUGAUAACCGGAAAAGAUGGCACCGUUAGACAAGCAAUCGUGCAAACUUCCAGUGGCGUAUUUCGGCGACCAGUUUCAAAACUGGCUGUGCUGGAGGUUGCAGGCGUAGAUGGAACCACAGCCACCACGGGUUCCACCGGGGGGAGGAUGUUGCCACCACCAGCAGAUCGGCAACCCUGCCAUGCAGGACGACAAUAG